AUGGUGGACCCAGUGGGGUUUGUGGAGGCUUGGAAAGCCCAGUUUGCAGACUCCGAGCCUCCCAAGAUGGAGCUGAAAUCUGUGGGAGAUAUCGAGCAGGAGCUGGAGAUGUGCAAAGCCUCUAUCCGGAGGCUGGAGAUGGAGGUCAACAAGGAGAGGUUCCGUAUGAUUUACCUGCAGACUCUCUUGGCAAAGGAGAAGAAGAGCUACGACCGACAGAGGUGGGGUUUCAAGAGGAUUUCCCAGUUGCCUGAAGGGGAUGCAGAGCAGCAGAACCAAGACCCACAUCAUCACCAAACCACCGAGCAAGGGGAUCCAGAAAAAAACAAACCCCACCACGGAGAGGAGAAGUUCAAGCCAAGGAUACCUUCUCUGAGGAAGCUGUCCAUCCAGAGCGAUGGGUCGGAUCUGUUGCCCUUGGAGAGCUCCCACCAUGGGGAAGGGGAGCAAGACAGGUGUAAAUACUACAGUGAAGAGAAACUGAAGAGAGUGGGGGAAGAUACGGAGAAUCGCUGUGAUAUGGAUGGAUCCCCUUCAAAACACAGGCCCUCUUCCACUCGCAGGCUGGUGGGCUCCACUGAGAAAGAGGGGUCCUUUGAGCCUCUCGCUAAGGACAAAGGGAAUGCCACCAGUGUGGCAGCACUAAGGUCCAACUUUGAGAGGAUUAAAAAGGUUAAUUCACAUUCUUCUAGUGAUAGCAAGGAUGCUGCUGAGAAGCCCUUCUAUGUGAACAUGGAGUACCACCAUGAGAAGGGUUUAGUGAAGGUCAAUGAUAAAGAUGUUUCUGAUAAAAUAAGCUCCCUUGGUAGCCAAGCCAUGCAGAUGGAACGCAAAAAAUCCUUGCACUCCCUCCCUCCUAAUGUGGUACCCAGCUUUAAUGAGUUCCAGAGGCCGGCCUACCGGGGAAGGUCUUCUGAGAGCAGCUUUGGCUAUGAUGGAGAAUAUGAGGAUGCUGAACUGAACCCCAGGUUUCUGAAAGACAACCUAAUAAAUGUUAAUGGAGGCAAUCGAGCACCUUGGCAACCAAUGGAUUUUCAGCCCUACCAAAGCAUCUAUGUGGGUGGGAUGAUGGGGGAAGGAGAAAGCAAAGGACCCGUACUGCGGAAUCAGAGUGCCUCUGAUCAGGAAAAGCAUCUUACCUGGCCCAGGAGGUCUUAUUCCCCAAGGAGUUUUGAGGACAUUGGGGGAGGGUAUACCCCAGAUUGUAGCUCUAAUGAGAACCUCACAUCUAGUGAGGAAGAUUUCUCUUCAGGGCAGUCUAGCCACGUUUCCCCCAGCCCCACCACUUACCGCAUGUAUCGGGAGAAAAGCCGUUCUCCAUCCCAAAAUUCUCAACAGUCCUUCGACAGCAGCAGCCCACCAACCCCCCAGUCUCAAAAGCGGCACAGGCAACAGCCAGUCAUCGUGUCUGAAGCCACUAUUGUGGGAGUACGGAAAACAGGACAGAUCUGGCCAAAUGAUGGAGAUAUGCCAUCUGGGAGAGGUCCUCAGGACAGCUGUUUCCAUGGAGAUGCAGAUGCUUCGUUCAGUGGAACGCCACCUAGUUAUGCCUAUGAUGCAGACCGUGCCGAAGAACAGCGGCGACACCAUGACAUGAUGCCCUACAUCGAUGACUCUCCAUCCUCGUCACCCCAUCUCAGUUCCAAGAGUCGGGGCAGCCGAGAUACUCUCUCCUCAGGGUCUUUGGAGUCCACAAAAUCAAGUGAGCCAGACUUGGAGAAGGGCUUGGAGAUGAGAAAAUGGGUCCUGUCUGGAAUCCUAGCCAGUGAGGAAACCUACCUGAGCCACCUAGAGGCUCUGCUGCUGCCCAUGAAGCCUUUGAAGGCUGCUGCCACCACUUCUCAGCCUGUACUGACCAGUCAGCAGAUUGAGACUAUUUUCUUCAAAGUGCCUGAGCUGUAUGAGAUCCACAAAGAGUUCUAUGAUGGGCUCUUUCCCCGCGUCCAGCAGUGGAGUCACCAGCAGCGUGUCGGAGACCUCUUCCAGAAACUGGCCAGCCAGCUGGGAGUGUACAGGGCCUUCGUGGAUAACUAUGAGGUUGCCAUGGAGACGGCAGAGAAAUGCUGCCAGGCCAAUGCUCAGUUUGCUGAAAUCUCCGAGAAUCUCAAGGCCAGAAAUACAAAGGACUCAAAAGAUCAGACAACCAAAAACUCCUUGGAAACUCUGCUGUACAAGCCAGUGGAUCGAGUGACACGCAGCACGCUUGUUCUUCAUGAUUUACUGAAACACACUCCAGCAAGCCACCCCGACCACCCCCUCCUGCAGGAUGCUCUGCGCAUCUCUCAGAACUUCUUGUCCAGUAUCAACGAGGAGAUCACACCCCGCAGACAAUCUAUGACGGUCAAGAAGGGAGAGCACCGGCAGCUCUUGAAGGACAGUUUCAUGGUGGAGCUGGUAGAGGGGGCUCGGAAGCUGCGCCACGUCUUUCUUUUCACUGACCUGUUCCUGUGCGCCAAGCUCAAGAAGCAGCUUGGAGGGAAAAGCCAGCAGUAUGAUUGUAAAUGGUACAUUCCGCUCACAGACCUCAGCUUCCAAACUGUGGAUGAGUCCGAGGCAGUGCCCAACAUCCCACUUGUGCCUGACGAGGAGCUGGAUGCCAUGAAGAUCAAGAUCUCCCAGAUGAAGAAUGAUAUCCAGCGAGAAAAGAGGGCUAACAAGGGCAGCAAGGUCAUUGAGAGGUUGAAAAAGAAGCUGUCUGAGCAGGAAUCUCUGCUGUUGCUGAUGUCUCCCAACAUGGCUUUCCGGGUUCACAACCGGAACGGCAAGAGUUACACAUUCCUCAUCUCGUCGGACUACGAACGGGCAGAGUGGAGAGAGAACAUCCGGGAGCAGCAGAAGAAAUGCUUUAAAAGCUUUUCGCUCACGUCCGUGGAGCUCCAGAUGCUGACAAACUCCUGCGUCAAGCUUCAGACCGUCCACAACAUCCCCCUCACCAUCAAUAAAGAAGAUGACGAAUCGCCCGGGCUCUAUGGAUUCCUGAACGUCAUUGUUCAUUCUGCCACGGGGUUCAAGCAGAGCACAAACCUGUACUGCACGUUGGAGGUGGAUUCCUUUGGAUAUUUUGUGAACAAAGCUAAGACCAGAGUUUACAGGGACACUACGGAGCCCAAUUGGAAUGAGGAGUUUGAGAUCGAGCUGGAGGGAUCGCAGACCCUACGGAUUCUGUGCUAUGAAAAAUGCUAUAAUAAAACUAAGCUCACCAAAGAAGAUGGAGAGAUCACCGAUCGAAUCAUGGGGAAAGGCCAGAUCCAGCUGGAUCCUCAGGUGUUACAGGAUAAAGACUGGCAACGCACAGUCAUCUCAAUGAAUGGAGUUGAAGUGAAGCUGUCAGUGAAAUUUACCAGCCGGGAGUUUAGUCUGAAAAGAAUGCCAUCUCGUAAACAGACUGGGGUCUUUGGAGUCAAGAUUGCCAUUGUCACCAAGAGAGAGAGAUCAAAGGUGCCUUACAUUGUGCGCCAGUGCGUGGAGGAGAUAGAGCGACGUGGGAUGGAGGAGGUGGGCAUCUACCGUGUCUCUGGGGUUGCAACUGAUAUCCAAGCUUUGAAAGCUGCUUUUGAUGUCAACAACAAAGAUGUGUCCGUGAUGAUGAGCGAGAUGGAUGUUAAUGCCAUUGCAGGGACAUUAAAAUUAUACUUCAGAGAACUGCCUGAACCCCUCUUCACAGACGAACUGUACCCCAACUUUGCUGAGGGCAUUGCACUUUCAGACCCUGUUGCAAAGGAAAGCUGCAUGCUGAACUUACUGCUCUCGCUUCCAGAACCCAACCUCGUGACAUUCCUUUUCCUUCUGGACCAUUUAAAAAGGGUUGCCGAGCGAGAGAGCAUCAACAAGAUGUCCCUGCACAACUUGGCAACUGUCUUUGGACCAACGCUGCUCAGACCCUCAGAGAAGGACAGUAAGAUUCCUGCUAACCCAACCCAGCCUAUAACAAUGACUGAUAGCUGGUCACUAGAAGUCAUGUCCCAGGUUCAAGUUCUUCUUUACUUCCUGCAGUUGGAGACUAUCCCCACCCCAGACAGCAAAAGGCAAAGCAUCCUCUUUUCCACAGAGGUGUAG